CGCAGUCUCGGCCCCGGCGCGCCCCCGGCUGCUCUCGGCGCGAUGAGCAUAGACACGCUACUGGAGGCGGCCCGCUUCCUGGAAUGGCAAGCGCAGCAACAACAGAGAGCACGUGGCUGGUGUCCCUUCAGGGAGAGGGUAGGUGACACCCACUGUCAUAUCCCUCACCCUUUCCAAGAUAAGUGAGACCAGUGCUGGACAUUCAGGAGGACAAGGACGAUGUGUGCAGCAUUGUGAAAGCCUGGGAGCUCUGUCCACUUUCAGAGGAACAGGAACGGCUUCGCUUGGAGCGGGAGCGAGAGCAGGAGCAGAAGAAGGCCAGCAGCCUGGCCAGGCUGGCCCAUGCCCUGCCCUUGGAGGAACCCCGCAUGGAGGCGCCGCCCCUGCCUCUGUCCCCGCCUGCACCCCCGCCAGCACCCCCACCCCCACUUGCCACCCCCACCCCACUGACUGUCAUUCCUAUUCCAGUGGUGACCAACUCCCCUCAGCCUUUGCCCCCACCACCUCCCCUGCCGCCCACAGCUCAGCCUCUGCCCCUGGCACCUCGCCAGCCAGCCCUGGUUAGCACCCCUGGAUUCAGCAUUAAGGAAUCUGCCCCCCUGCCCACCAGGCCACAGGUGCCCCCACCUGCUCCCCUGCUGACAGACUCUAAGACCACCGUCCCACCUACUGGCAGCCCCAAACCUUUGCAGCCCCUCCCCACACCCAUCCUGACCAUAGCACCACACCCUGGAGUACAGCCCCAGCUGGCCCCCCAGCAGCCACCCCCACCCACCCUUGGGACCCUGAAGCUGGCACCCGCUGAAGAAGUCAAAUCCAGCGAACAGAAGAAGCGGCCUGGGGGGAUCGGAACCAGAGAAGUCCACAACAAAUUGGAGAAGAACAGGAGGGCCCAUCUAAAGGAAUGCUUUGAGACCCUGAAGCGCAACAUCCCCAACGUGGAUGACAAGAAGACGUCGAAUCUGAGUGUGCUGCGGACGGCGCUGCGGUACAUCCAGUCUCUGAAGAGGAAAGAGAAGGAAUAUGAGCAUGAGAUGGAGCGGCUGGCGCGGGAGAAAAUCGCCACGCAGCAGCGGCUGGCCGAGCUCAAGCACGAGCUGAGCCAGUGGAUGGACAUGCUGGAGAUCGAGCGUGUGCUCCGGCAGACCGGCCAGCCGGAGGACGACCAGGCCUCCACCUCCACCGCGUCCGAGGGUGAGGACAACAUAGACGAGGAUAUGGAGGAGGACCAGGCCGGCCUGUGCUCGUCCAAGCUGAGCCAUCGCCCUCACCCAGAGCUGCCGAAGCCGCCGCCCAGCGCUGCCCCCGUGCCUCUGCCCCCCCAUCCACACCCCCAUUCCCAGUCUGUGGCCCUGUCUCCUGCCCACCUGCCUGGGCCGCAGCCACCACAGCAGAAGACACCACUGCCGGCUCCUCCUCCCCCACCAGCUGCCCCUGCCCAGACACUGGUGCCCGCUCCAGCCCAUCUGGUGGCUACAGCUGGGGGAGGCUCCACGGUCAUCGCCCACACGGCCACCACCCACGCCUCAGUCAUCCAGACUGUGAACCACGUGCUCCAGGGGCCUGGCGGCAAGCACAUUGCCCACAUUGCCCCCUCGGCCCCCAGCCCUGCUGUGCAGCUGGCACCUGCCACACCCCCUAUUGGCCACAUCACAGUGCACCCUGCUACCCUCAACCACGUGGCCCACCUUGGCUCCCAGCUGCCUCUGUACCCACAGCCGGUGGCGGUGAGCCAGCCCGUGGCAGUGAGCCACAUCGCCCACACCCUCUCACACCAGCAAGUGAAUGGCACAGCCGGGCUGGGGCCCCCAGCGACAGUCAUGGCAAAGCCAGCUGUGGGGGCUCAGGUGGUGCACCACCCCCAGCUGGUUGGCCAGACAGUGCUGAACCCUGUGACGAUGGUCACCAUGCCCUCCUUCCCGGUCAGCACUCUCAAGCUGGCUUGAGGAUGAGGCCACUCAGAGGCCCCCAGUGGGGGCAGGGAGGGGGGCUGCUCCCCCCUCUCCCACCCACCAGCUCCACACAUUCCAACCAGGCCCACCCCACCCCACCCCACCCACCCCUAGGCCUCCGAGGGGAAAGGGGUGCAGAGACUGAGCCAGGGGAGGGAGGGGCCGCCCAAGGGAGCUAGGCACAGGGCAGGGGAUCCCCCACUGCACUAGGACUUGAUAAACAAUGAGAUUCUCGGGUGAACAGGCUGCCUGUCUGGCCUGGCGCCAGCUCUGGUGCCGUUCCCGCUCCCCACCCUCUCCCCUGCAACCCAUGUGAUGUGGACCUGUUCUCUGACGCCCUGCCCUGCCCUGCCCUGCCCGCCUUCCUGUGCUGCUGCUGCUAUUGCUCUAGCUGGUGAGGCCUGAGUCUCCACCUUCUCUCCCCAGGCAUUUGGAGGGGGCAAGGGGACAAGGGAGCAGAACUCCAGCAGCUGGGCCUGGACAGCUAGAAUGGCAGGGGCCCUACUCAGGGCCAAGUGACAACUUCUAGGAAGUGGCUGAUCUGGGGGACCCUGCCCCAACUGGGGCUCCCCAUAGCAGAAACUAGAUGGUUCUCUGCAAUAAACCAAACCCAAAUUGUUGCCAAGUUUCCAGAGCCCCCGCGCCCCCUGCCCCCCCCCCACCUUAAUUGCUGGGCACUUGACCUCAGUAGGGCCGGCCCAGGGUGCAGUGGCGAAGGAGCGGUGCUGCUCCCCCACUGGUCCUUGGGGCCUGCGUCUGGAAGCGCUGACUGGCUCUUGGCUUCCAGGAGGCAGAGGGGAGGGGUGCUGUCUGCAUGUGCUCCUGGGUUCACGGGCCUUUGUUCUGUGCCAGGAGGUUUAGGGGAACAUCCCUAGGUGUCUCCUGUAGCCUGAAAGACAGGGACCAGCAUCUGGUAUGAGUUCCAUAAGCCUAAAGCCUCACUACUGAGGCCAUCACAAAGCUAAAGCCCAGAGGUCUGGCCAAAGCCUCCCAACCCCUUCUCAGACUGCUUGGGCCCUGGAAAAGUGGGAGCCAGGCUGGACCAUCGAGGGGAGCUGAUGCUUCGGCCCCAGCUUCUGUCUCUAGCAUCAUUUUUCUUGACACCUCCCUUUCCCCAGUGGGCUAUUCUAGGUGUACCCGCCUCGGCGGGCUGCUGUGUGCCACCGCUUGCCUCUGGGUUAAAGGCAGGGCUGAGUAAGCUCAGAAGGUAUGAGGGCAUCGGGGGGUAGGGGUGCUGCUCUCCCUGCGACAGCCUUAGCACACAGCUCUGGCUUCUCUUCCUGCGUGGCUGGUUAUGACGAGUGGCCUUAGGUGUCAGGCACACUCAGCUCCCCAUGUGAACAUAAGCCCACCAAUGGCCUUUUCUUGGGAAGAAGUGAGUGUCGGAGAUUUGAGGUCUGCGUGGGCCCAGAAUCCCCUCAGGUGUGCAGCGGGAUGCUGGUGCUGCUGUGAGGAGACUGAUGCCCCCUCAGGCCCUGUCUGAACUUGCCUGGCCCUGGAGCAUUCCCAGGAGCCAAGCUAUGACCUCUACUGGCAAGGGAAAGAGCUUUUGAUGCCUUAGCGGCCUCCAGGAGGGACCCCUGUGCCUACCCAUUGUGGCACUCCCACCUUACAAGCUUGCUGCUUCUGCACCCGCAGCCAGCCCCACCUGCCACCCUGGUUCAGUGUAAUGAUGGUUAAAGAGCAGAGGGGCCAGUCAGAGACCUGGCGACCUUGCCCUUCCUUUCAUCUUUCCUUGCGUCCAAAAGCCCUUCCAGAGUGUCAGCCAGAUGCCCCUUGGGCCUGCACAGAUACCUCAUCUGCCCGCCCCCCACCCCCGAGCCAUGGGGGCCCCCAAACUAGUGCCGAAUGACUAUGUCCAGAUUGGUGAUGAUGGGUGUUGUUGCUGUUGUUUUGUUGUUGUUUGUGAAUGCUGUGACGCUGUAUGCCCAAGAGGGCAGCCUCGGCCAACCUUUCAUUGGGCAUCUUCCCUCUGAGCUGUCAGGACCACAUCUGUCCUCGCCCCAUGGGACUGCCUGCCCCUCCCCGCCCUUGCCCUUCCAGCCUGGGGGACACGCGUGCACAUACACACACACAUCUUACCUCUCAUGCGUGUUUUACUUUUUGAUGUCUAGAGUGGCUCACUGGCUGGGAAUCUUUACCUCGGGGAGAGGAGGAGGUCAGUUCCAGGGGAGGGGGGGAGGCAAAGAAGGGCAGGGAAUACCUGGAGAGGACCAGGGGGUCACCGUAACCCUUGCUCUCUCUAGGAACAGCUUCUCCCUCCCAUCCCAGGGUCCCACCCCUGCCCCCCAAAGAGGUGGCCCUUGUUUACAGUGAGGACUCGGUCACUGUGUCUCCGUUUCCUGAAAUAUAAACCGUAGUGACCCCAGACUGUAGAGAUUUUUAUGUGUUUGGAUACAUCUGCUGUGUGGGAAAAAAAAAAAAAACUACAAAAACCCUAAUUUUGUACAUAUUGUAUUUUUACUAUUGAACUGUAUUCUAGUGGCUGUUCAUGCUCCAAGACUUUAGGUAUUGAGACAUGAAUACUACCCAUGUAAUAAGCACUUGCCUGGAAUAAAAUAUAAAACUGAAAUAAACCUGCACUGAAACCUAA